CACUGGCACACUCGUCAGCAGUAACAGUGUAACGAAACACGCGUACAGGUUACGUGAAUUUGUGGUUUUACAUUAAAUCAUGUGUGUGCAUUAAUGCACAUUAACGAAGUAAUAUAAACAAUGGAAGUAACUUGCUCGAAUUUUCAAGAGGUGCUGUCGGAAUUGGAUGAUGUCUUACAGAAUGCUACUUUUCUCAGCGUCGACGGUGAAUUCACCGGCCUCAAUUCAGGUCCAGAAGCUGGUCCCUUUGAUACGCCAGCUCAGUAUUAUGCUAAGCUCCGGGCAGGGUCUAUGGAUUUUCUUCUUGUGCAGUUUGGUUUAUCCGUUUUUACAUAUGACCCACAAACAGACAAGUACUCUCAACGAUCUUAUAAUUUUUAUGUGUUUCCCAAACCAAUGAAUCGUCAGGCAGAUUGCAGAUUUAUGUGUCAGGCAUCCUCCAUAGCCUUUCUUGCAAAUCAGGACUUUGAUUUCAACAAGCUUUUCAAACACGGCAUACCAUUUCUCAGUGCGAAUGAAGAAGAGAAACUUAUUAAACGGUUGGAAGAAAAACAAAAGAUUAGAGAAGACAACAAUUAUGACGUCAUUCCAAUAUCAGACACUGACAAGCCUCAAGUAGAGGAAAUAUGUUCUAAGAUAGAAGCUUUUCUUGCAUCAAAUGAAAAAGAAUUAACAAUAGAUAAGUGUAAUGCAUUUAUGAGAAGACUAAUAUAUCAAGAGGCAAGAAGCAGAUGGCCUAAUAAAGUGAGAGUUGAAAGUAAAGUUGAAAACACUUGGCACUGCCUUUUAGUACAGAAGGCAGGUUCCAAGGAGGAAGAAGAAGAAAAGGAAAAUCAAAGACGCGAGAAGGAGAAGCUAGAAAUUAGACGAGCUGUAGGACUCAGCACUCUUUUGAAGAAAAUUGUAGAAUCUGGAAAGAUAUUGGUGGGUCACAAUAUGCUGUUGGAUCUAUGUCAUAUUGUGCAUCAAUUUUUUACGCCUUUGCCAAGGGACUAUCUGGAUUUUAAGAAUUUGAUUCAUGAUUUAUUUCCUAAUUUAUUGGAUACAAAAGUCAUCUGUCAAUCGCAGAACUUUAAAGAACGUGUGUCAUCGUCAAAUUUGAACGUAUUAUUAGACAUUGUGAGCAAGUCACCUUUCUCUAUUCCUGAUGUGGAGCCUAUAGAAGGACGUAGUUAUUCGGUAUCGACAGAGAAAUCACAUGAAGCUGGGUACGAUGCGUACAUCACUGGAUUAUGCUUUAUUGCAUUAUCCAAUUAUCUAGGCACACUGCAGAAAUCUGAAAACGCCACAGUAUUAGCAAAUUCUCCUUUGUUGAAUCCUUUUCUUAACAAACUGCCUAUAGCAAGAUUGAAGGAUUUCCCAUAUGUGAAUUUAGUAGGAAAAGAUCCAAAUCCUAGUAGAGAUCACGUAUUUCACUUAACAUUCCCUAAGGAGUGGAAACACGCAGAUAUAAGCCAACUUUUUAGUCCAUUUGGAGGUGGAUAUAUUUCGUGGUUAUCAGAUACGUCUGCGUACGUAGGUUUAUAUCGUCGCGAGCAGGUUGGCAGCGCGGUGAAGAGUUUAACCAAGCAAGCUACGAAUUCUGUCUUCAAUAUACAAACGUAUUCAAAGUAUCAAGCUACUUUGCAGACUAAUGUUUCUGUUGAGGAUCGCAAGCGGAAGUUGUCAUCACCUGAGAACACGGCCGUCAAGGAUGAUGAGAAAUCGGCUGCCAACGGCGCGAAGACAGUUGUUGACGACGACGACGACGACGACGGAUGGAAAGUUGCCACAGGCAAGAGGCGCAAGAAACGCAAGGAUCAAGCGGCGAGCGGCGCGGCCGACAAGAAGGCCUUCGCGGAAAACGACACUUGGGAUUAGUCGCGGCUGUUCCGCGACUGACAUCUCGUAUGCACGUGAUACGAUAUGCAGCAAAUGCAGAAAUUCGGAAUCAAAAUGCACCUUUGACUUCAUCGGAUCUCGCCUUAACCUUCGCCUUCGACGAACAUCAACUGUGUAUGUGAUUGCCGAAAUACUUCGAUUUGAAAUAAAUUCUUUAUUUCUUAUAAUGUCGAGUGUAUUUGUACUUAAUAUGCAAUAUCGUUAUAUUCAUAUUAAGGAUCGAAAUUCAAUUUGUUCUGCAUUUAAGUUUUCAUGAUUUUUUCAAUUUUAAUGUUAGAUUCUACGAUUAUCCUUUCAAUGCAUUUUUGGUGUUCCACAAUUCAUUACAAUGAGUUACUAUUUUUCAAUAACUGAACAAUUCAACAUAUUUAUAUUUUUGUUAAAUAAAG